AUGACAUUUGUGCUAAAAUUGGUCCAAGCGAAUGUAAACACAUUUGUAUUGAAUGAAAGCAAUGAUAUCUACCAAGAAGUGAGAGAUUCAAGAAAUUUUACGGGAAAAGUAAUUUUGGUAACCGGAAGUGCUUCGGGUAUUGGAGAACAGAUUGUGAAACUAUACUCGGCUUUGGGGGCCAGUGUUGUGGUCACCGGUAGGAAAGCCGCAGACAUUGCAAAAGUGGCCAAAGAAGUACAGCAAUUGUCGCCCAAAAAACUUAAACCGUUAGAAGUGACCGCAGAUCUGACCAAAGAUGAAGAUUUACAGCAUUUGUUUAAUGAGACGAUUAAGACAUACAAAGGAUUGGAUGUAUUGGUCAAUAACGCCGGUCUUCUCAUUAGAGGCAAUGCAACCGAUACUGACUUUUUGGCAAAUCUGGACCGAAAUGAAGACCUAGACGUGCGAUCAUCACUCAAACUGAUCCGUUUAAGUGUCCCCUAUUUGGCCAAAACCAAGGGAUCUAUCAUUAGUAUUAGUUCUACUGUUACGGAACACCCGCAAAAAGCUCUGUUGGCGUACGAAUUGGCCAAACAGUCGCUGGAAAUGGCGACCAAAGUAUUAUCACUAGAGUUGGGUCCACAGGGUAUACGUGUUAACGCUGUC